UACUAUUUAAUUAUGUUCUUUUUGCAUGCAGUUUCAUUUUUAUGAUCAAAAGACCGCUCCAUAUGUAAGACAAAGUUUAAAAGAGAUCCAAAUUCAGUCAGAAAUCCGAGGCAUGAAUAGAAUGGCAGAGUUCUCAUCCCAGCUGAUGAACAGUAUGACACCAGUUACUCGACAAGAAGUUCUCAGCCUUUACCGCAAGAUAUUCCAAAUAGCCAAAAAAUGGCAAUCGGCAUCAGGACAGAUAGAAGAAACUAUUAAAGAGAAAGAGUACAUUAAAAAUGAAGCCAGAACAUUAUUCCGAAAAAACAAAGAUAUCCAUCUGCCUCCUAUGGGUCUUGCCCAUAAACAAGGCCGCACAUUGCGACACCAGGAAAAGUUAAGGAAGAUUUCUAAGCCAAUAUACCUGAAAUCCCAUGAUGAAGUUUCAUAACCCAUCAUUUAAGAUGUGGUGUGUAAUCACAUCAUUUAAGCUGCGGACUGCAAUCCAGGUGAUUUGUGCACACAUCUGUGAAUUAAACUGUUUUGGUCACUUGCUCACACAUUUCCUGAGGCCAAAAAGCUAAUUGAUACAUUGCAUAUGAUAGAUAAGGUUAGUCUGGUAUUUAUUACAUUUCAACCACUGACUCAUCAAUAAAAGUAACACUUUUCAAGGAGUGAGGUGUAAUACAAAGAUUACUUUAACAUCAGGACAAAUUACAGCAGGUUUUCAGACUGUGUGAAUCUAUAGCAGAAUUCUCUGGUGGUUUGAGGAUUAUAUAUGCUCAAUUGUGAUUCAAGGCAGCAGUGCCUUGUGUAAGGGUCAGCAAAAAUCAAGAAAGUCCAGGAGAAUCAAGCAGACACAGUGCCUCCAGAGCUUCAUAAUGCAAGUGGGAAUACAGUGACUGCAUCAUGCAGCUGCACUCCUUCCUCUCCUCUCCCUGCUCUGCCUGUUGUCCCUGGAGAAACGUUCCAAUUUCAUAGUAUCCUUAUAGUGAAGUAUUGUUUCUAAACAGACAGUAGCAAAGAGACAGCAGAAAUGCCACCACUCCUUCUUUUUCCUUUUUACAAACUACAGAGGAGUGGCUUAGAGCCUCUACGUCAGCUUUUUUUUUUUUUUUUCCCCAUUCCUUUGGAGAGGGUGUGGAUGUGAAAUGCAAAGUUUGGAAUGCCAUUACACAACUUGGAGUAAAACACUCCAGUGUUUUGUUCCUCAGGUUCCCACAUACAGACUGACUGAAAACUCUCCCUUCUGGGUAUCACUGUGGGAGCGAGUUUAAGAUGCUUUGGGUGUCUUCACUGUGCAUUUUUACAUGGUUACAGCUUUUCAACAUAAUCAGCACCCUGGCUUUCUCAACAAUUAUUUUAGUGCUAGGUUUUAACUCUUACAUUAUGGACAGAACCCCAACUUUAUUAAUAGAGAGUAUCUACAACUAUCUCUUCUGUCUUUAAAGUUCGAGUGGCAUUCUUGUUUUCCAGGUGACUUGUGAAUGGAAGUGAAACAAAAUUAAUUUCUCCCUCACUGGCCACCAAUUGUUUUGGCUCCUUUUCAGUCCUCUGAUUUUAGGAGGUUGUUUACAAAUUCUCUUCAGGAAAGUUAGGAGACCCUUCUGUCCUUCAGGCUAAGAGUACCAAUGAGACCAAGCUGUGGACAGGAGCCACACUGUACUGGGAGCACAGCCCACAGCUGCUUUAAGGACAGAGGGCAGAAGCAGCAGCCUAUUCCAGCCAGAAGUUAAUGGUGGCAAAUUGGAAAAAUGUGGUGUAUAUUUUUUUCUACUAAAGUGGGCAAGCCCAACGAAAUCUCAUUUUCUGAGUUCUCCAACUCAUCUUAAACUCUCCAAGCCCUAAUAGAUGAUGGCAAAGAAAUAUUCUUACCUACCUUUAAAAUAAGAUAAAACUGGUCACAUGCAGAACAGAAUGACAGUUCCUCCCCCAAGCAUGUACUUGUAAGAGUGAAAAAAAUACAAGUGAAUGAGAAAGUACAAGGAAACAAUGAGAAGAGCAAGUCAGCAUGACAGGUACUGGCUAGCCCAAUUUCUCACUGCCCUUUAUGGCUCCAUUCCACAAAGGUAUCUAUUCCCAUGUAAUUAUUUCCUGGGAAUGCCUCAUGUGGAAGGAACAUGUAAAAUGCAAUUGUUCUGUCAGUGGGAGCUUUGCAAAUCUACUGCUACCAGGAAGACACAAAACUCCUUUAGCCUAGGAAAAGGGGGAUGGAAUAAAGACAGUCAAAAAUAACAAGAUUAUACACAAUGCUUAAUCCUUCACCGAAAGAAGUCCAAAUACAGUCUUUUCCUAUCAUCAUUCUCAUACACCAGUGUAGAGAUGUGUCAGCUGAGCCAAACCAAAAUGUGCAGAGACAAGGGUUUGAAUGGAAGCUUAGGCUCAUUCUUUGUCAAUAAACUAUCAUUUGAAUCUUUUUAAUUGUUAAAUUUCAUGUGGCUAGUGGAGGUGCUGAUGCUGUGACUCAUCAGGUGAAUAAACAGCUAUGUAAAUGAGCAGCCUAAAUUUACUGUCUGUAUUAUAGUCGCAACUCUUUCCUGAGCACAUACUGUAAGAUAUAGAUUAUUUCAAAAGAACAUCCCUAAAAUUGCAGAAUAUUUACACCAAAUAGAAAUAAUAGUAUGAGUUUGUUUCUGAAGGUAAAUAUAAAUAAAGCAAUUUGAAAAAUGUUCAAGUAACCUUAAGGUACUCGAGUAUCCACUUAACUGAAAAACCAGUAAAUUGAACUGCAAUGACAACCUGACAUUAUUUGGGAUGCUUUAAAAUGCUAGUUAGACCAUUAAUUUUUCAAAAUGUUUGAGAGAUUAUUAAUUAGUGCCUGAUCUUCACUACUUUCCAGCACCAGAAUGCAAAGACUGAAAUUUGCUGAAACCUCAGGCUGUUCAGCUAAAGGAAGGAUUAGAUUGGCUCUUUUGUCAACUCUGGAGAGCAAAACCCUUCUUUCACAGCUUAAGUUAAACUCUGUAUGGUAAAGAGAAUCUGUCUUAAAUAGAGUCCUUUGGGUUUGGAGGUCAAACUGGCAAACUACCAUUUUAAGGGAGUUCCAUUAAAAAAAAGUUUAAUCUGCAGCUCAGUCCAGUGGUAGGCAGACGUCUCAACUGGUACACAUUGUACUAAAUUCCAAGGACUGUAUAACUUCUGUCAAGAAGUAUCCCAACAAUGGUGCAAUAGGUCAUUCUUACACAUUAAUUUUACUUGCAAAAAGAUGUUGUCCUAAACUGCCUCAGAGUUCUCAAGAGCUUGUAAUGCACUGGCUUCAGCCAGUGUACGCUCUGUCCUUACGACCUUAACUCUCUUACUCCCCUUCCAGUAAAUACUGUCUCUUUCCAAUUUAUCACACUAAUCAGGAGAUUCUUUAGAACAGUUUAGAAUAAAAAUAUAACAUUAACUUUAUAUUCUUGAGAAAUAAAAAUCCUGAGUCAAUUGCAUGAACUUUCCUCCAAGCUAACAAGUAAGCAAUGCAGCAGUAAUUUGUUGACACGAUAUCUGGCCUUGAAUAUAGAAAUAACAUCUCUCUGGAAAUUCUGUCCCUAAUUCCAUCAUUAGUAAGGUUGUAAUUUAUGAAGCCGUGCUCCUAUGAAAACAAAUUUAACACAUUAGCAAGCACACAAUCAUUUAAGAAGAUGGAGUCAGCACCUGCUUACUGAACAUAUGCCUCGGUGUUGUCUAGGGGUGAGGAAACGCUCACUAAGUUGAAGCAGUGACCCAAUCUAUUCCAAGGGAAGUAUCACAGAACUGAAACAGGUUAUCUGAUCUAUCUUCCUCCUAAUACAAGUUUGUUCUUGUAAUACCUUUUAGAUUUGGAGGAAAUAAGGCAACCUAGACCUCAGUCUCUUGGGGCCCUACUAUGUAUCCAUCAGUAACAUCCAUCUUUUAUCCACAGACAGAAAGGUCACUUAUUUGACCACACUUACAAAUUAAUUUUCAAUAAUGGUAAUUACAGGAAAGACUGGCACCUUUCACUAAUUUUUCUAAUGCUAUUAGGCAAAACAUUCUAGCUUAUAGGAACUCAUAAGUAGAAUAAUUCAGGGCCUUUGUCUUGUCUUUUGCUUUUUCAUUGUAUAAUUUUCUCUUUAACAGCCCAGCAGUGUUAAAGUUAGAGAUAGUACUUUCUGUUUCUGAAAUGGAUUUUUGUACAGAUGGGAUAUAAGAAAGGUUUCCAUCUCCUAAGAAAAUAUACUAACUCUAUCU